UCGGAUUAAACAUCAAAUCUCAUGUCCAAAUUCCGAAAAAAAAAAAUUUAUAGGUUUGUCAAGCUUUUUUAAAGUCAGAUUGAAUUUUAUUUUAUUUUAUUUUUUUAAAUCUUGAAAUCCAAUCUUAGUGUCAAAAAUCAUUUGAAUUUCCAAUAUUAUUUUAAUUGUAUAUGGGUCGGGCCAUAGCAUCAUUGAGGUAGAAGAGGCGUCUGUCGGCAAAUUAUGAUCUUCUGAUGAUUCACUAAUUUUCCAUUCCCUAUAUUUCUCCUGGGUGUUUAUCCCCAACACAAUUGAUAUAAUCUUAAACCCUAAUUUUCUCCCUCAUUUCUCGCAUAGAUCAACUCCUUUUGUCAAGUUGCCAUUGAAUCCAUUGAUCAAAGAAAGUUUAAUCAAAAGCAAUCUUUAGGCCUUACCGCCCUCGAAAACUCGAAAAGUUUGAUGGCGGAAUUGAUCGGUCCGAGGAUUUACUGUUGCAGCAAUUGUCGAAACAAUGUUGCACUUCAUGAUGAUAUUAUUUCCAAAGCUUUUCAGGGAAGAAACAGUAGGGCUUUUCUCUUUUCCCAUGCUAUGAACGUUGAUGUGGGGCCAAAAGAAGACAGACAUCUCAUGACAGGUCUCCACACAGUUGCGGAUGUCUCUUGUUCUGAUUGCCGUGAAGUUCUUGGUUGGAAGUAUGAACGAGCUUAUGAAGAAUCGCAGAAGUACAAGGAAGGCAAAUACAUACUUGAAAAGUCUAAAAUUAUCAAGGAUAAUUGGUAGUUGUGAAAUUACCUUUGCCUGCCAGCGUGUUGAUGUAAGUCUGUGGAAUCAAUGUCUACUAUCCUGAUGGUUAUGAAGUUAUCAGUUCAGAAAAAUAGUGGAGACAACCGCAUAAUUAUAACGUGUAAAAUUGUCAAGAUUUAUUGGCAAUUUGUUGUGAAGUUACAUUGCUCUCUUCUCUGCAUUUCAGUGUAAUUUUGUGUGGGGAGGGGACAAGUAAAUCGUUGUAGUUUGUAGAUUCUUCUCAAUUUUCAUGUUCAUCUUCACCAAUUGAUUUAAAAUAAUUCAAUGUUAAUCCUCAUUCCUCAA